CGCACUAAGGGCGGCCUGGUCAUCUUCAGUGGCGGCAGCUGAGGAGCCCGGUGGUGGCGCGAGCGCCUGCCCGGCCCGCCCUUCCCCUCCAGGCCCCGGUUCCCCUUGGCUCGGCGCGCCCUGGCCCGACCCUAGCCUAUCUGAUCCUUCACAUCCCGGCUCCGGCCGCUCGCCUCCGCCGCCGCAAUGAUGAUGAUGGCACUGAGUAAGACCUUCGGGCAAAAGCCCGUCAAGUUCCAGCUGGAGGACGACGGCGAAUUCUACAUGAUCGGCUCUGAGGUGGGAAACUACCUCCGUAUGUUCCGAGGUUCUCUGUACAAGAGAUACCCCUCGCUCUGGAGGCGUCUAGCCACUGUGGAAGAGAGGAAGAAAAUAGUUGCAUCGUCACAUGGUAAAAAAACAAAACCUAACACUAAGGAUCAUGGAUAUACCACUCUGGCCACCAGUGUGACUCUGUUAAAAGCCUCAGAGGUAGAAGAGAUCCUGGAUGGCAAUGAUGAGAAGUACAAGGCUGUGUCAAUCAGCACAGAGCCUCCCACAUACCUCAGGGAACAGAAGGCCAAGAGGAACAGCCAGUGGGUACCCACUUUGCCCAAUAGCUCCCAUCAUCUGGAUGCUGUGCCAUGUUCCACCACCAUCAAUAGGAACCGCAUGGGCCGGGACAAGAAGAGAACUUUCCCCCUUUGCUUUGAUGAUCAUGACCCAGCUGUAAUCCAUGAGAAUGCAUCCCAGCCUGAGGUUCUGGUGCCCAUCCGGCUGGACAUGGAGAUUGAUGGGCAGAAGCUGCGGGAUGCUUUUACUUGGAACAUGAAUGAGAAGCUCAUGACCCCUGAGAUGUUUUCAGAAAUCCUUUGUGAUGAUUUGGAUUUGAACCCACUCACAUUCGUACCAGCCAUUGCCUCUGCCAUCAGACAGCAGAUCGAGUCCUACCCCACAGACAGCAUCUUGGAGGACCAGUCUGACCAGCGUGUCAUCAUCAAGCUGAAUAUCCACGUGGGAAACAUCUCCUUGGUGGACCAGUUUGAGUGGGACAUGUCGGAGAAGGAGAACUCACCAGAGAAGUUUGCCCUGAAGUUGUGCUCAGAGCUGGGGUUGGGCGGGGAGUUUGUCACCACCAUCGCGUACAGCAUCCGGGGACAACUGAGCUGGCAUCAGAAGACCUAUGCCUUCAGUGAGAACCCCUUACCCACGGUGGAAAUUGCUAUCCGGAACACGGGUGAUGCAGACCAGUGGUGCCCACUACUAGAGACUCUGACUGAUGCUGAAAUGGAGAAGAAGAUCCGAGACCAGGACAGGAACACAAGGCGGAUGAGGCGUCUUGCCAAUACUGCCCCAGCCUGGUGACCAGCCCAUCAGUGCUUGGCUCCCACGGAGCAUCUCAGAAGAUUGGACUGCCUCUCCUUCCUCUUCUGGCAAGGAGAAAACCCGGUGCCAUCCCAAGGGACAGGGGGUGGGGUGGGCUGCAGAGGUGGGGGGCCUCCAGGUUGCCCUCCCCUAGCACACAUUCCAUUUGCUGAGCCCCAGUCCUGUCCUUCUAACACCCUCCCUCAGUGUCUGGGGUCAGGAAGAAGCUUUGUUUUGGGUUGUUUUGUUUUGUAUAGGAGCCCCAGGCAGGGCUAGAAACACUUUUUAAAUAAAAGGCAAUAGGUCA